GCCAGAUAGAUCUAGAUCGAGACUGCUCAUUCCACUCCCCACCAGCCCGUUCAUCACCUCCUCUGCUGGAGAUGCUUCGCUGACUGGCCGCAUGGCAGCCCCGUCCAGGCACCGCCGUAGCCUACCGCUCCUCGGCUGCAGCCUUCUCCUCGGUCCUGCCCGACGCGCUCGACCGGAGCUCCAACGCCUAAGCCAGCAACGCCACCGCCGUCAGGGCCUCCUCUCCGACCUACGCUCCUGCGUCUCCCAGAGGGCGCUGGGCGGCGGAGGCGCGGGGGCGGUGAAGCGGAAUGAAGGGCGGGGGAAGCUGCUCCCCAGGGACCGCAUCAACUGCCUGCUUGACCCUGGGGCCUCCUUCCUCGAGCUCUCUCUGGUCAGCCAUCGAUGUCACAUAGACCCCUUCUCCUUCAGGUUGUACUAGUAGCAGCGGCAAAAGUACAAGAAGGGCUUCAGAUUUCUCAUUUGUGCAAAGAAUAAGUUCAUUCAAUCUAGUAAGUGAUUACGCAACCAGGUUUACUUUACUCAAGUUCAGUUUUUGUCGUGCUGCUGCACCGAGAUUUCCCCUUGACAAUUUUUUGUUGUAUCCUUGAUUAAUGCUGCAGGGAUUAAUUCCCACAUCUGUCUAAAGGUGUCCACCAACGUACUUAGGUGAAAAUAUUGAGUUUUUUGCGCAAGUGAGGAGAUUCUAUGAGACGGAGGCGUGCGCCCGUGCUAUAUGUGAGCGAUGGAGGCGUUGGAUGUGGAACAGCGGACCUGGAGUGCGGCCCAAGCGGCGGAUCUAGAGCGAUGCCGGAGCAGCAGAGCACCGGACCAACGGAGUGGCGUCGUCGUCCUGAUGGUGCCCCCACCUUGGUAGCGUGGGCCCUGCCCCGCCAUGCCACGGCGUCGUCAUCCUCAUGGUAAUCUCCUUGUCGUCCAUCCAUCCAUCCAACACCGUAGUUGAUUUGUUAAUCUUGCACGUCUUUGUUAAUCUUCUCGUGAAGCUUCUGUAGCUUCUGUUACUCCAACUUCUGUAGCUUAGUCAUGAAUGUGCAGCUUCGCCAAGGCCAACCUUUGUUAGUCAUGAAUCAUCCUUUGAAAUAGCUUGUUGAUUUUCUGUAGCUUUGUUAAUCUUACAGUUCCCUUGCUACUACUGCUAACCUAUAACACUGGAUUUAGUGAAAUCAAGUUGUACUCCUAAUUCUGAAACAA